AUGAGGAACAAAGCCAAUGAUUUAGUAUGUUUUUGUUAGUUUACGGGCUUUGUAAACAAAGUUAUUGCUAUUUUUUGUAAUGUAAACAAAGUUCUUACCCUCUUUACUUUUGUAAAGAAAGUUCUUUCAAGUUUAUGUUUUGUAAACAAAGUUCUUUCCAUUUUUUUAUUUUGUAAACAAAAUUUUUGCCAUUUUUUGUUUUGUAAAGAAAGUUCUUGCCAUUUUAGUUGGCAACGGUAUGUUUAUGUGACCUGACCUUCUUUAUAUUGAUGUUACCUCAUUCUUUGGCAACUUUUGGCAUUUUUACCCAGAACAUCUCAUACAGGUACUACUACCUACAAUAUCGGCAAGAACUGAGCGCUUUGGCUAAUUGGAUAUCUGCUAGUGCUAUUUGGUAAGUUUUCAUUUUUUCAAAUUUAAAAAAAAUUUAAUUUCGAAAUUUAAAGUUUUUUUUUAAUUUUUAAAUUUUCAAAACUUAAAUAACUGAAACAAAAAACCUAUUUAAAAUAUACCAAACAACCGCAUUUUUAGGUUCAUCUUCUCAGUAACAGUAGAAAGAUAUCGUGUAGUAAGAAGACCGUUAAGAUCUCGAGAUUAUUGGUCAAAACCCCAAAAGUUCUCGGCCAUAAUCAUCAUAUUCUUAUCAACCUUCCUCCUAACACUAUAUCACCACUUUGAAUAUGACUGCCAGUUGGUGUUCUUUUGUAAUUUUACCCAAAUUAUGAACUUUUGCUACUCUGCUGGCACUACAGUACACCCUAUGUGGGGUAGACAAAACUUUUCACCGUCAGAGUGGAGACAGUACUUCAUUAAGAUUAGUACUGUUGGAAAUGCUGUUUUUGUAAGGUUUUUUUGUCCUACCGUAUUUUAACCUACCGUACCUGGCUUUAACCUGCUUAAACCUGCCCUGCCUUGCCAUGCUUGUUUUGCCCUAUCUUCGCAUGCUUUACUCUACCGUGCCUUAUCUUACUCUGCCGUGCCUUUUUCUAGCCUUGACUUUCCUUGUCCCGCUUGCCAUGCCCUAACUUUCGCUUACCCUGGUUAUAUCAUUCAAUCUGAUUGUUAAUCGAAAAAAUGUUGUUUUAGGUAGUACUAGUCCCUAUAAUCCUAGUAGCAGCCCUGACAGUGCUUCUGAUACGACAACUUACAAUAACAGACACUUCAGUAUUAAGCAGAUUAGAUUCAUCGACCCGAAGAUCAUUAAAUCGACAAGUCGUAAGUUAUACCCCCCCCCCUUUUUUCCAUUUUUUUACCCUACCCUAGCUUUAUCUACCGUACCCUACCUCACCUUACUUUGACUUAAUUUACCUUACCCUAUCUUAUCCUAUUCUACCCAAUCCUAUAGUACCCCACCUUGUCAUAUCAUAUGAUAAUAGUUCUACCCUACCCCUAUUAUCCUAAACUUUAUCUUUACCCUAGCCCUGCAAUUUUAAGGCCAGACGAAAGCGAGUGACAAUAACAGUGAUAACGAUUGCUUCAUGUUUUGCCAUUACUCAAGGGCCAUCAGCUGUGUUCAGUGUUUGGGAGGUGUUGAUUGGUUACUCGCACAAAGACCGUACUCUAUUCGAUGCUAUGAGUGUGGCUAAUGGUCUUGUUAUUAUUGGGAAGACAAUUAAUUUCAUAUUAUUUUGCUUGAGUUCGGCUUAUUUCCGGCGAAAAUGCAUUAGAUUGUUUCUUAAAAAGUUCCCAGAGGCAAGUUACAAUAUAUUUUCAAAAAAAAAUGAAAUUUUAUGCGAUUCAAAAUGGCAUCAACUUUCUUUGCAAAACGAAAAAUGGCAAGAACUUUCUUUAAAAAACAAGAAAUGGCAAGAACUUUCUUUACAAAUUAAAAAAUUGCAAAAAAACUUUCCUUUUCAGUUCCGUUCAACUGAACUAGGAAAACGUUUAAGCUACAGAAGUGACACCCCAUUUCACCAAAGUAUCCGAAGUCAUCACAGCUAUUUGUCCUCUUCUCUACAACGACUAGACCGAUCUCAAAGUCGAAAAAGCGAAUAUCGAUCUUAUACUAUGACACUUGAAACUUUGAAAGAAGUUUCGGGAGACUUUCAAGAGAAAAAUCAGUUUACUGUUUGA